GCUGCCAAGCGUGAGUGAGUGCCGUGACCUCCUGGUUGCACCUCCAGCGGGUUCCCAACCCUCAUUCCUCCCGCGGGCGCUUCCGGGGUGCUGGAUCCGUGUCCCCAUCCGGCACGCACCCAGGCUGUCCCCGUCCCACGUGGAGCCGCCACCCGUGGCAGCCGGCGGGCGCGGUGCGUGACUCAGGGCAGGCGGCACACGUGCGGUGCCGCGGGGACGCCCGUGAGGCCAAGAUGCAACCAAGGUGCUUCCGAGGGCAUCGUCCAGAUGGGGUUGCGAUCCAUUUUAUUGGGGUGUCGUCAGUGUCCCCCCCCAAAAAAAAAAAGACCUGGGCUGGGGGAGCUGAGGCCGGCGCAGCUCGGUGCAUGUGUGGCCCCGCUUCUCUGUCCGCAGGCGGUGUGAUCAGCUACGUGGGCUCCAGUGGGGCUUCACCCAACCGCACCAGUCCCGUCUCGCUCUGCAGCGACAGCUCCAACAGCAGCUCCCAGUCUGGCUCCCAAGCCUUUCCCACUUAUUUUCCUCCAUCACCCACCGGUUCCCUCCAGGAUUCCCGUACUUACGGUGGGGGUUUGGUGCCUCCCCGUGAGGAUGGCUCCCCUUCAUCCUCAUCCUCAUCAUCAUCCUCCUCCUCAUCCUACGCCUCCUCGGUGAACUUCCCCGGCGUGCAGCAGGUCCCCGCGGAUGAGCGGCGGCGCAGCUCGCCCAGCAAAGCCGGCAGUACCGUCACCAAGCUCAACGGGAUGGUGCUGCUCUGCAAAGUCUGCGGCGACGUCGCCUCCGGCUUCCACUACGGCGUCCACGCCUGCGAGGGCUGCAAGGGCUUCUUCCGCCGCAGCAUCCAGCAGAACAUCCAAUACAAGAAGUGCCUCAAGAACGAGAACUGCUCCAUCGUCCGCAUCAACCGCAACCGCUGCCAGCAGUGCCGCUUCAAGAAGUGCCUGCUGGUUGGCAUGUCCCGUGAUGCGGUGCGCUUCGGGCGCAUCCCCAAGCGGGAGAAGCAGCGGAUGCUGGCGGAGAUGCAGAGCGCCAUGACCGGCAUGGCCAACGCCGCUCUACCGGGGAUGCCCAGCCCUGGCGAGGGUCCAGCGCCAGGCGGGGGCCGUGCACCACCCCCGGGCCCGUUGCCUCUCGCUCCCCCCGCCUGCUUCUCCCAGUUCCCCCAGCAGCUCACGCCGCCGCGCUCGCCCAGCCCCAACGGGACCACCGAGGACGUCAUCGCCCAAGUGGCCAAGGCGCACAAGGAGAUCUUCGUCUACGCUCACGACAAGCUGGGACCCCCUUCCGCCUGCGACAACGGCCUCUUACGCUGGGAUGCUCACCCCACAUGGGUCCCCGGUCCCCCCGAACCCCGGCUUUGCCCUCCUGCCUACCCCGAGCCCCCACCGCGCGGCUGCCCCUGGCCCCGUGGCACCAAGGACGUCCUCCCGGCUUGCCCCAUGAACAGCCACCCGCCCGGCCGCAGCGGGCGCUCCGUGCAGGAGAUCUGGGAGGAUUUCUCCCUCAGCUUCACUCCGGCUGUCCGUGAGGUGGUUGAGUUCGCCAAACACAUUCCCGGCUUCCAAGCCCUCUCCCAGCACGACCAAGUCACCCUGCUCAAAGCCGGCACCUUCGAGGUGCUGAUGGUUCGCUUCGCUUCGCUCUUCGACGUGAAGGAGCAGACGGUGACGUUCAUGAGUCGGACGAAGUACAGCCUGGAGGAGCUGUGGGGUAUGGGCAUGGGCGACCUCCUCAGCUCCAUGUUCGAGUUCAGCGAGAAGCUCAGCGCCCUCGACCUCACCGACGAGGAACUGGGGCUCUUCACCGCCGUCGUCUUGGUCUCGGCAGACCGCUCGGGUAUGGAGGACACGGCGUCGGUGGAGCAGCUGCAGGAGACGCUGAUCCGCGCUCUACGCGCUCUCGUGCUGAAGACGCACCCGGCGGAGACGUCGCGUUUCACCAAGUUACUCCUCAAACUGCCCGAUCUGCGCACCCUCAACAACCUCCACUCCGAGAAGCUGCUCUCCUUCCGCAUCGAUACCCAAUAAGGCCCUGAUGGACACCCCCUUCCAGGGGGAACCCCCCAACCGCCCACCCUCCCCCGGCACCAUCCCCACCCUCCAUGUACAUAGCACUGCGGGUUAGGGGGCACAGGCGAGACCCCCCCCCCACCAUGGGCAGCACGAACCCCAUGGCGCCCACCGGACUCCUGGGGGGGGGCUGCACCCCCCAAGGUGUGUGCCAGGAUACCCCCAAGGUGGGCAUCGGGAUGCCAGGACACCCCCCCAGUUGGGUGUUGGGAUGCCAGGAUGCCUCCAGUUGGGCACUGGGACACCAGGACACCCCCCCAGUUGGGUGCUGGGACACCAGGACGCCCCCAGUUGGGCGCUGGGAUGCCAGGACACCCCCCCAGUUGGGCACUGGGACACCAGGACACCUCCAGUUGGGCACUGGGAUGCCAGGACACCCCCCCAGUUGGGUGCUGGGACA